AUGGCGGUCGCUGUCACAGCGGAAUCUUCGGCUCCUGGUACCAUGGUGGCUACGGUUAGUGAUACGGUUGUGGCAGCUUCGAAGCGAAGAAGGGAGGGCUCGAAUGACAAUGCUAUGCAGAAUGUUCGCGAGAUUGAGGACCUUGUGUCCCAAAAGAAGCCUGAUUUUGUUUUUCUAAUGGAAACUAAGGUGGGGCGAAUACAUGUUGAACGUAUUCGUGUCAAGCUUGGUUUUGAUGGUCUUUUCUAUGUUGAUCAUGUUGGGUUGAGCGGUGGUUUAGCAUUGUUAUGGAGGAAAAAUAAUACAGCAAGACUAAUUAGUUAUUCGAGGAAUUAUAUUGAUGUGGAGCGCGAGAAGAGAGGGGGUAAGCCACAUCCAGAUAAUCUCCUUCGCAGUUUCGGGGAGACUAUUGAUCAAUGUGGUUUGGCUCAAUUACCUAUGACUGGAUAUCAGUUUACUUGGGAAAAGGGGAAGGGCACAACUGGCUGGAUUGAGGAAAGACUAGAUAAAGUGCUUGCUACUAAUGAGUGCUGUGGUAUUGUAACCGGGGCUAGGGUAUCUAAUUUGGUAACGAGGACGUCUGAUCAUUCUGCCAUCUUCCUAGCAAUUCGCGACCCGGGGAUAAGAGGAGGUGGGGGAAGGAGGAGAUUUCAGUUUGAAAUGGCUUGGCUAUAUGAUGAAGGAUUCAGGGCUGUGGUGGCAAAAUCUUGGGAGGAAGAGAGAAGUCAGGGCACACGAAAUUGUAUUGAGCACUGUGGGAAUCGGGAACAGCAACUUCUGAGAGGACGCACUGAUUCAGCCUCCCUGGCUGAAUUCCAACGUCUUGAGGGGGUUCUGUACAGUAUGGAAACCCAGGAGAAUGUAUAUUGGAGGCAAAGGGCCAAGCAGCACUGGCUUAAGGGUGCUGAUGCAAACACAAAAUUCUAUCACAGGAUUAUGGCUAAGAUGAUCUCACACACGAUGAAGCCUUUGAUGGAAAAUAUUAUAUCUGACUCACAGAGUGCUUUUAUACCUAGUAGGCUCAUUACUGAUAAUAUCCUAACAGCAUCUGAGGUGGGACACUAUUUGAAUAGGAAACAGUGUGGGGUUGUAGGUUGGAGUGCCCUCAAACUGGAUAUGGCUAAGGCCUAUGACCAUGUGGAGUGGCCUUUCUUACGUGGUAUGCUUGUAGCCCUGGGUUUUGAUGACAGGUGGAUAGAACUUAUUAUGCUAUGUGUGUCUACAGUAUCAUAUACUUUUCUGAUUAAUGGCACUCGCAGCGAAUCAGUCAUGCACACCCGUGGUUUAAGGCACGGUGACCCUCUAUCUCCCUAUCUCUUUAUUAUCUAUACCGAAGGUCUGUCCCUGUUACUGCAGCAAGCACAAAAUAGGGGAUUAAUACAUGGAUGCAGAGUUGCUAGAGGUUCUCCCCCUAUCUCUCAUUUAUUCUUUGCUGAUGAUAGUAUGUUAUUUUUCAAAGCAACAAUACAGGAGGUCAUUGAGAUAAAGGGUUGUUUAUCAAUGUAUGAGAGCUUAUCUGGGCAAGUGGUUAAUUAUCAUAAAUCCAGUAUAUGUUAUAGCAAAAAUACAGGUGAAGUGGUGCGAGGGGAUGUGGCACAAAUUCUGGAGGUAGCUCAAGCCCCUAAUUUUGGAAAGUAUUUUGGCUUACCCUCAUUUAUUGGAAGGAAUAAAAAAGCAGUCUUUGCCUAUAUUGAGGAUAAAAUCAAACAGAGGAUUGGGUCUUGGAAUAAAAAGUAG